UAGCACCUUUCCCUAGCACUGUAUAAUGGCGAAACAGGCAAGGGGACAGAUUAGCCAAUGGUGGCCACUGAACAAGUCUGGCCUCAUCCUGUCUCUAUGAAGCGAUCGAUGAGACACGUCCCGCUCGACUGAUUCCAGUCCAGGGCGUCUAUCUCUGUCCGUGGUGCAGGUUUGGUUCCGGGAUCUGUAGAGAACGCCUCAAGCUUCCCUACUGGACUACAAUACCGACUUAAUGAGUGGCACGACGUCACCGCCAUAAUUGAUCACGUGACCAGCCCGGGCGACACCGUGUUGUAAGGAACCAGAGGACGAGAGAAGGCCUGAGUGGAGGAACCCUGGAUUCCCUUACAAUUCUUAUACCCACAGAAAUGGACGGCCCCAGUAAGAGCGGCGAUCAAUACCGGUGAUGGCAGCAUGAGGGUGGCAGGUUUGUUGGCUUGGGGAAGGUUAACACGCCAUUGGAAGGAUUGAAUACCGACGGAUAGAGACAGUAGGGAUCCAAUACACCGGCUACGCUUUGCUACUGUCAUUGUCUACAAACCUGGAUACCACAUGUAUGGGCUCAGUAGCUGGUCCUUUGCUGCUUCAACCGUCGUCUGCUACUAAUGAACUGGCUAGGUGGCGUUAUGGCCAUUACAGCCUCGUUCUGAACCCUUCCCUGCAAUGCCUGUCACCAUUCAUCAUUUGAAACCAUCGGCGUUGACAAAUGGUUGUUCGUUUAGUGUUGCGUUCCACCCAUGGAGUUCCCUGCACUAACAAGACAGCUUCAGUCCCCAGCUUAUGAGAGAAUGCCCCGACGUCGCUACCAGCUGAUCAGAAGGUGAAGGCCGUCGCGCACCAUGAGGCAUAAAAGCAGUGGCGGUAGAGCGGCGGAUGCACAUGUUACAUAAGGGGUUAAUCCACCUAGCCGGACACUGACUGUCAUCACACUCGUAGGGUUAAUGUCAUCACAGAGCGACCUUACGUGGUAGUAGUUUCCUAGGCGACAUUACACCGGAAGGAGAGGUGGAUAGAAGCUCUCCACUUCCGGAGGUAGAGAAAUAUUAGUAGAGUCUCGUUCUGGAUAAUAGUGAUUCGCAGACUCGGAUGGUGUGUUCACUGUGGAUCAAGGUUUAGUUCUCCUUCGUUCCGACUGUUUGUGUGAUUCAUAUAGAGGAUCUAUUGCAGAAGGAUACAACAACAACCAUUUAUAUUGCUUUGUGUACCAACAAAGGGGGCAUUCGGUUGACCCUCUGUGUAUUGACGAGGGAACACAAUGACUGAUGCAGAUAACAGGGUUAUCCUCAAUGUAGGAGGCAUACGUCAUGAAACGUAUAAAGCCACCUUGAAGAAAAUCCCGGCCACUCGAUUGUCCCGUUUGACGGAGGCCUUGGCCAACUAUGAUCCGGUACUCAAUGAGUACUUUUUUGAUCGCCAUCCCGGGGUCUUUGCUCAAAUCCUCAACUACUAUCGUAGUGGCAAACUUCAUUACCCGACCGAUGUGUGCGGUCCGUUGUUUGAAGAGGAGUUGGAGUUCUGGUCUCUUGAUGCCAACCAGGUGGAACCCUGUUGCUGGAUGACGUACACACAGCACAGGGACACCCAAGAUGUGCUCGCCAUCUUGGAUCGGUUGGAUCUUGACACAGACAAACCAACAGAAGAGGACAUCAUGAAGAGGUUUGGACUUGAGGAAGAGUACAAACAAGGCGAGCUGAACUGCUGGCAGCGGAUUAAACCAAAAAUCUGGGCAUUGUUCGAUGAACCGUACUCGUCUACAGCCGCAAAGGCAAGUCACCAGAUAAUUGCGGUUAUAUCUGUGUUCUUCAUAGUAAUCUCUAUAUUGUCCUUCUGCCUCAAAACGCAUCCCGAGAUGAGAGUUCCGGUCUUGCGCAAUACCACUUCCAAAACGGCUGACGGGAAUACAACAUGGCGACUAGAGAAAACAGAGACCGAACCUCACGACGCUUUUUUCUACAUUGAAUGUGCGAGCAAUGCUUGGUUCACCUUCGAAAUCAUUAUUCGCUUCAUCGUAGCACCUAAUAAAUUUGAUUUUUUGAAAGCACCCGUGAAUAUAAUUGACAUUGUAGCCACGUUAUCUUUCUAUUUAGAUUUCUUGCUCACAAAACUACAACAGGAAAGCGACAUGCUGGAGUUUUUUAGCAUUAUCCGUAUCAUGAGACUUUGUAAGCUAACGCGGCAUUCCGCGGGACUGAAGAUUCUCAUUCAUACCUUCAAAGCCAGUGCAAAGGAGUUAAUCCUCCUCAUAUUCUUCCUCGUGCUCGGUAUCGUCAUCUUUGCAGCGCUCAUCUACUAUGCUGAGCGUAUUCAGUAUAACCCGGAAAAUGACUUCCAGAGCAUCCCUGUGGGCUUGUGGUGGGCCAUAGUCACCAUGACAACAGUGGGAUACGGGGACAUGGUCCCUAAAACCUAUGUCGGGAUGUUUGUUGGAGCCUUAUGCGCAUUGGCUGGUGUGCUUACGAUAGCCCUUCCCGUACCUGUUAUCGUCAGUAACUUCGCUCUGUUUUACUCGCAUACUCAAGCAAGAUCUAAACUACCCAAGAAGAGGAGACGGGUUCUACCAGUGGAGGCACCCCGCCCGAAGGGACCAAAAGCCCCAGGGGCGCCCGGGGGUGCUGGAGGCCCCGGACCAGGGGGCACACGCAGGAUGAACGCCAUCAAACAUAACCAUCCUGGGGCGUUAGAGGCGAAGAUGGGCAGAAUAGCCCACGGGGGCGCUUUACAGGAGCUGAUGCCCUUCCGUACUGUCGGAAUGGGUGCCAAUCGUCCGUUCUAUAAUAAUAUUGGCCGAAAUGGGGAGGAGGCAAUCCCAAUGCUGAUGCUAAACCAUACUGAAAGUAGUGGAGGGCAGGACACGAGCGCCCGUUCACGAUCGCAAAGUACCGUUGAAAGGUCACCUCCACGGAUGGUAGAAAUAAGCUCCAAUCCCGGUUCACCCCUCAAAGUAACUGAAAUCAAAACUUCUGACGCGCAAGGGGGACCAACUGCUCUCUCCAGUCUCCUUGUCACACCCAAUGCUCAGCUAGCCAUGAACUCCACAGCAGGGCCAGCACCACCUUCAGCACCUGCACCAGCAGCGCAACUGCAGUGUGGGGAGCAAGACAAAAUUUUAGAAAAAGGAUUACCCAUUCCAACGUCAGAUGGCGCUGUGAUAGAACCGGUAGUGACGUCACUUCCGUCUGGGAACGGAAGCACAACACCGACGUCCAACCAAGAACAACGAGCACUGGGGUCGUCCUCCCCGACAACAACCUCCCCAUCAGCCCCAACUACAAACAAUCUCGUUGCAGUAAAUACAUAGCUACCAUCUACAACUACUCACACUUCAUUAUUUCAACAUUCUGUCUGGAAGGAAAACUGCAUCAACGCAAGAUAUAUAUUUAGAUUGGCCGAAAUCUUAUUGCCUAACCUCCAUGUGGGUGAUAAAUGACUUAUGUUGCCGAUGUUUAUGUGGGACUCAAGUUACCAUAGCAACGUCAAGUCCCUUGAUUUUUUUAAAUGUUUUGGAUUUUGCACCCGCAGUUACAUUUUUCACGAUAUUACAAAGGUGGCGGCGUCGUGCAAACAUUUGCUACUAUCACAACGCACACAGCGUAUGCUGAGCUCAGUCAAUGAUGAUGUCACUCUUUGGAUGUCAUACAAAUGCAUUGCUAUUUUCAAGAUUCAACUUACCACAUCUGCUUUAAUCGUACUACAUGGAGGCACCAGGGGCACUUGUGACGUGUUGUGGCUGGUUGUGAUGGUGCUCAACCAGGGAAGGAUGGCGAUGUUUGGUGUGUCGCUAUGGCUACACAUCCAGGAGGGUUCCUUCAAACUUCCGCUUUGUGUGAAUGGCGUCAGCAGCAAGUACUGCUGUUCCAAGUCGACGUCUUGUGUCAUGCUGUGUUGCUUGUUGCUAAGUCAAUGUGUGUAUUUUUCUUUUCUGGAAACGACCACAAAGUUAGUAUCAAAGAGUGCUAUGAUCAAGCUUUGAUAUUUUUGAAAUUCUUGGGAGAUGUAAUUUUUUGAAAUGUGAACCAUGCAUGACAAUUUUGAUUGCGAGAGUCGGGCGCCGUUCUCACAUGGCGUCAUCAAUAGUGUUCAAGGUACAGUUUGAGUGAAGUCACAGUUCUCAAGGAAAAGAUGUGACUCCGGUUGUACGUGACCAAACAAUGUAGAUGCAGGUGAAUGCCAUUUUUAUCUAUUGGUCCGUGUUGUCGCUAUCUGUCCCUGUCGCUUGGCCAUCUGUCGCAGCUUCCGGUCACGUGUAGAACCAGCUCACACCGCGCAUGCUCAGCCCAUGGUCCUGUGUGUAGAGAACUGAGUGUCAUUCAAGAUAUAUUUUUACACCUAUGUGGCGUUCCUUCCCUGUAUGGCCUGGUAUUAUUAAGUUGUAGCGCAAAGAAGUAAUAGCGAAGCAGACAUAAACAAAUUCCAUUUUAUUAUUCGGUGGUUUACCGUUGUGGCUCAGCGCCAAAUAUUCACGCUCUUUGUUGGAUUUCGUGUAAUUUCUGUGUUUCAAUUUCAAAAUUUAAAGGAGUAGAAAAUUUUCACUUUAUUUGCCAAAAUCAGUACCUCUUACGCCUUUCUCCAUUUUUAUAUAUAUGCACGUGUUUGUCAGCACAUGUCCGAGGUCCGAUCCUGGACAAAGACGUCACGGGGAAUCCCCAUAUCACCAUGGCAACUCAUGACGUAUUCACCGUAUCAAACAUAAUUAUGAGCCAUUACAUCGAUACAUUAACAGCGCCUGAGGAAGUAGUAUUAAACAUCUGAUCGAUUACAUCGAUAUUGGGAAGUUUGUGAAAAGUAGCAUUUGUGAUUGGCGCUGUCAAUCAAACGCACGAAGAAAUCCGACAUAUGUUUGACACCGCGGUUGUGAUUUCAUUGAAAACUUGGAUAGCCAUUGACGCUCCUAGAAGUGACGUUGCUAAGAAGUGACAUGGAUACAUAUUUGAAGCUGUCGAUGAAUGUUCAUUGACAUCCAGUGAGCGUAUUUCCAGGACUCGCAAGAGGCGUUGUUGCUCAGAAUGGGCGGGUCUGCUCGUCUAUUUGGCACCUGCUUUAGAUAAACUGAUACCUUCGUUGGAAGGUUCUAGUACAUUAUUGACGAUAUACGUGAUAAUGUCACGUGAUAUGGUCACGUUGUCAUCCACGUGAUCUGAACAUGUGACCGAGACACGAUGUCUAUCAUCAUUCUGGAUAUUAGAGUGACAUUGUCACAUUGUGACAAUAUGGCUGAGUGUACCAUCACCAACGAUAGAUAUGGGACCGCAUGGACAUACCCACGAGUUCACGUGAAAAUGUUCAAUCAUUAACCAGGUAUGUGUCAGCAUACUCACUGCUAACUAACUCAUUCAGGGUAGUGCGGUAAGGGUUAAAGGAUAUAUCAUUUGUUGAAGUUGUACAAAACGGUGUAGAAAGAAACACUCCUUAAAUGUUACAUACCAAAAUGUUGUUCACUUAUUAAUUAUUGAAUACAUUGUGAUACUCAUUGUUCAAAUACUGUUCUGGAACUCGUAGGGCAUUGGUUCUGUCUACACCGUUUAAAGACGUUAGUCUGUGUUAACCAUUAUUAGGUGGUAACCAACUGAACGAUUAACCGGUGUAACAAUGUUUUGUUACAGUGGGAUAAGUAGAUUUGAUCCGAUUGUUCGGGCAGUUAGAUUUAAGGCAUUUCUGUAUAUCUAAUGCCUCGAAAGCACCGCCAUUUUGUCUUAGAGUAAGGAAGACACGUGACUUUGGUUUUCAAUUCCUAAUCAUUAUUCAUUGAGUGAUCGUGCACAGAAUCUCGCAGACGUGAUUGGCAUGUGAGGUAUGCCUAGCGUGCAUUAUAGAGUUAUAUCAUACAGGUUAUCUAUGGAGAAUGAUAUAUACAUGUUAUACCAUGUUAAAGUAUGGAAACAUAGAUAUGAUUAAUAUUUCUCCGGAAAUAUGGAAACUGAGAAAGUAUUAUGGAAAAGAGGCUCAAGCUUAGUUACAUAAUAGUCGCAUCAGACAAAAUGUGAAUUAUUGAAAGUAAAUCCAUUAAAAUGUUUAAUGUACCUGUAAAAGUGGAUUGAACUACUGACAUUGCUUACCGAUGUCACGAAAUGUUGCGAAGAGAACCGAAAAUUUCCGAGGAGAGCCGAACUCAGUUUCCGUAAUUUUAGUCCUAUUUCCCUGUUCACUUUGGUGUGUCAGUGUUUCCACUGGCUCGUUGCCUCAGCACUAUUCCUUUACCAUGUCAGUAAUAAUAGUAUUGAAAGACAUAUAGGCCUUGAUAUUCUGCGCAUGCGCCAAAUCUCUCGAGAGAUUAUGCUGGCGUUUAUACAACGAGUUUAGAUUGCCUCGUUUUGGGCUUGGCCAGUCAUUUCUCAGCGAUUCAGGGACGUACAUGUGUUCAAAAUUUAAAUGAGGGGCGUCACCCCGUGUUGCAUGCUUUUCAUGCUUAACAGAGCAUGCGCAUUAUGUUUUCUCCAUGACUUGGUUAUACGGAGUAAAAUUCAUAUCAUUCCAUGUAAUUUGUUGGAUAAAAAAGAAUGGUGAAUUCUUUCCAACAGACCUGGGCAUAAUUCAUGCUGGGGAUGCAUUCUUUAAAGGGGUCAGUGUGCAUACUCACGUUGAAUUGUCGCCGCGAUUGAUUGGAAGUCUUGCUGGGAAAUGACAAUGGCCGCACUUCCGUUUCCUGUACAUAUUCUGUUUAAUGAGUUGAGUAUAUAAAGAUUUGAGCAGAACAUAUUUGAAAAUGUUACCAGAAUUUGCACCUUCUAAUUUUAGCUCAUCGAAAACUACAUGUUUCGACAUUGUGGAAAAUAAAAAAUCGAUUGAGUAUAA